AUGUCUCGCCAACUGAGCUCUGGUGCUCAAACGGCUACACCUACACCCGAAAUCUCUCAAGUUAAUGCUGGAGCUGGCUUUUCUUACGAACUUUCAGAAAUUCAGAACCAUCAACAUCUAGAUAAUCAGGUGUUGGUUCCGAAUCCGCCUGCCGCUCAACCUACUACAAUUGUGGUUGCUGCUGAUGAACACUCUGCUAGUGAAGAUGCUUCUAACGCAAUUACAGGUAGUACUAGCGCACAUGCUGGUAUCCCUCCGCAACCUUAUAACCCUUCGCAGUUCAGUAUUCCUCUGCGAACUACUAUUCCUCCGGGAGCUACUAUUCCUCUGCGAGCUACUAGCGCUCCGCAAGAUACUACUCGCUUACCGUCUCCCAGACCCGAUCCGUUCUACACUGUUGAACGCUCAGCAGCACGGUAUAAUGCAUUCAAGCAGGCUGGAGCACUUCGACGCCGAUGGAUGGAAGAUCCUAACGAGCCAGGUUGCACAAUUUCCCCUGUUACCUUGGAUUUUGAGCAAUUUAGGACUCAGGACCAUGGCGAUUUCUCCAUUAGUUCUAGCACUGCUAACGUUAUGAUCCUCUAUGCAGAAUUAUCGCUUCCCACUGACGUUGCAUACGAAAGUGUUCAAUUUACCACUGACCGUAUGCAGUGGAUUGGACUGUGUGCAUCUGGUAUAGUAAUUCUCGAUGUUCUUGAGAGAGAAAGAGACCCAAAUAUCCCACAUAUCUCUGAAGUUGGCAUGGCAAACUACGAACAGUCUUUCGCUCUAGGAGGGGAACCGCUGACCCGUAUCUAUAUUACUAAGAUGGCAAAUGACCACACACUUGAUUUCCUUGAUAACAAGUUACAUUCAGAUGAGACUGGCUUGAUAUGGCCACGCAGUGACAAGCAAACGUUUACCUAUGAGAGCCAUCCGGACAUGUUUGACACCACUCUCGGUACACCUCUUGGUAACGUCGCCGCUGCCAUGAUUAUAGGUGGAUAUCCACGUGGCACUCGCCGCAUCAAGUCUUUUACUGUCUGGCCUUAUGGGGAUGUGAUUCCUGCUAGGAUGAGAAACCCUACUUAUGCACAUUUGUUGUUCGAAACUGAGGCGAUUGUUGUUCUGCUCACGAGACUACCUAAGCUACCAGAUCGACAAUAA